AGGGAAGGUAGCGCAACAACAAGCCAUCGCUAUUUCCAAGCGCCCACUUUCAAAAUGGCAGCCGGAAGGAAGUUUGCCAUUAGGACAGCGCGAGGUUCUAAGUUAAAGGCAUUAGCGCAAUUUCCGGCCCGGUUGCAAGAUGGCCGCGCCCAGAGGUGGAUUCCAACCUCGUGAGCGGAGCGGUGGGGAGCAGGAACAGGACUGGGAUGCUGCGGCGCCCAAGAGGCCCCGACUCGGGGCAGGAAGCAAGAUCGGUGGCCGUAGGCUCAUUGUGGUGCUGGAAGGGGCCAGUCUGGAGACAGUCAAGGUAGGGAAGACAUAUGAGCUACUUAACUGUGACAAGCACAAGUCUAUGUUGUUGAAGAAUGGACGUGACCCUGGGGAAGUGAGACCAGACAUAGCCCACCAGAGUUUACUGAUGCUGAUGGACAGUCCUCUGAACCGAGCUGGCUUGCUGCAGGUUUACAUCCACACACAGAAGAAUGUUCUGAUUGAAGUGAACCCCCAGACUCGAAUUCCCAGAACCUUUGACCGCUUUUGUGGCCUCAUGGUUCAGCUUUUACACAAACUUAGUGUUCGAGCAGCUGAUGGCCCCCAGAAGCUCUUGAAGGUCACUGUGGAGUAUACAGAAAAGAUGGUGUCCAUCAGCAACUACCCGCUUUCUGCUGCCCUUACUUGUGCAAAACUUACCACAGCCUUUGAAGAAGUGUGGGGGGUUCUUUGACAGCAGUAGAGCCUUACUCUGAAACCAAAGACUGUUGACGUGGUGUCCCUUGGCCCUAUUCUGAGCCGACCACUGGAAGUUGAGCUUCCUGAACUGAGACUGGAGGCUGGGGAAGCAAAGGCUGUACACUUGCUAUCUGUGUCCCUAUAAAUACCAUUCUUACAAACCGGGGUGUUUCAGGGUUCCUAAACUUAGCAGGAUCUAA